AGCGGUUCUGCCAACCAGUCAGACAGAGGAACUUUGAUUCCGCCCUUUGCACAAACCAUUCAGGCGCUGGCUGCAAGGCCAGACGAGGCUAACGUCACGGAAAGGGGGCGUGAAUGAGGCGGUCUCCUUUCGCGUCGCCUAAAUUUGAGCCAAUCGCAAGCAGGAAGCGUCUCGUGAGUGACGUAAUGACCGCCCAAUGGAGGCUGGGGGCGGGCCUCAGACUCGCUAUGCGGGUUGCGGGGCCUGGGGGCCGGGCGGCUGUUUCCUGUCCUGGUGCAUGGUGGUCGGACGAAGGAAUUGUUGGAAAAUUUUCUCGGAGGUAGAAAAUGUUGUUAGCCCAAAUAAAUCGAGAUUCUCAGGGAAUGACAGAGUUUCCUGGAGGAGGAAUGGAGGCUCAACACGUUACCCUGUGCCUGACAGAGGCAGUAACAGUGGCAGAUGGUGACAAUUUAGAAAAUAUGGAAGGUGUAAGCUUGCAAGCAGUAACACUUGCAGAUGGUUCUACCGCUUAUAUACAACACAAUUCUAAAGAUGGAAAACUCAUAGAUGGCCAGGUCAUUCAAUUGGAGGAUGGUUCUGCUGCCUAUGUUCAACAUGUACCCAUACCUAAAAGUACAGGGGACAGUUUGCGUUUAGAGGAUGGCCAAGCAGUGCAGCUAGAAGAUGGAACUACAGCGUUUAUUCACCAUACCUCCAAAGACAGUUAUGACCAGAGCGCAUUGCAGGCGGUGCAGCUGGAAGACGGCACCACCGCGUACAUCCAUCAUGCGGUGCAGGUCCCGCAGUCUGACACCAUCUUGGCAAUUCAGGCUGAUGGGACGGUGGCAGGUCUGCACACUGGGGAUGCCACGAUUGACCCCGACACCAUCAGUGCUUUGGAACAGUAUGCAGCAAAGGUGUCCAUUGAUGGAAGUGAAAGUGUAACAGGUACUGGAAUGAUUGGAGAAAAUGAGCAAGAGAAAAAAAUGCAGAUUGUCUUACAAGGACAUGCGACAAGAGUAACUGCUAAAUCCCAGCAGAGUGGAGAGAAGGCAUUUCGAUGUGAAUAUGAUGGAUGUGGAAAAUUAUAUACGACAGCUCAUCAUCUUAAGGUCCAUGAGAGAUCACACACGGGAGACCGGCCUUAUCAGUGUGAGCAUCUAGGCUGUGGGAAAGCAUUUGCAACAGGUUAUGGAUUAAAAAGUCAUGUCAGAACUCAUACAGGAGAAAAGCCAUAUCGGUGUUCAGAAGAUAAUUGUACUAAGUCUUUCAAAACUUCAGGAGAUCUACAGAAACAUAUCAGAACUCAUACAGGAGAAAGGCCUUUUAAAUGUCCCUUUGAAGGCUGCGGUCGGUCUUUCACAACAUCAAAUAUCAGAAAAGUACAUAUUAGGACACAUACAGGAGAAAGACCGUAUUACUGCACAGAACCAGGAUGUGGGAGGGCAUUUGCCAGUGCAACCAAUUAUAAAAAUCACGUGAGGAUACACACAGGUGAAAAGCCAUAUGUUUGUACAGUCCCUGGGUGUGACAAAAGGUUUACAGAAUAUUCCAGUUUGUACAAACAUCAUGUUGUUCACACUCAUUCCAAACCAUAUAACUGUAACCACUGUGGGAAGACCUACAAGCAGAUCUCCACACUGGCCAUGCACAAACGGACAGCCCACAAUGACACUGAGCCCAUUGAGGAGGAGCAGGAAGCCUUCUUUGAGCCUCCCCCAGGUCAAAGUGAAGAUGUUCUUAAAGGGUCCCAGAUCACGUAUGUUACAGGUGUGGAAGGGGACGAUGUUGUGUCUACACAAGUAGCCACGGUGACCCAGGCUGGGCUGAGUCAGCAAGUUACACUCAUAUCCCAGGAUGGGACUCAGCAUGUCAACAUAUCUCAGGCUGACAUGCAAGCCAUUGGCAAUACCAUCACAAUGGUAACGCAGGAUGGCACGCCCAUCACAGUCCCGGCUCAUGAUGCGGUCAUCUCCUCAGGAGGGACCCACUCUGUUGCUAUGGUUACGGCAGAGGGCACAGAAGGACAGCAGGUUGCAAUUGUGGCUCAGGACCUGGCAGCAUUCCAUGCUGCCUCAUCAGAGAUGGGGCACCAGCAGCACAGCCAUCACUUAGUAACCACAGAAACCAGGCCUCUGACCCUAGUGGCCACAUCCAACGGCACCCAGAUCGCAGUUCAGCUUGGAGAACAGCCAUCUCUGGAAGAAGCCAUCAGAAUAGCAUCUAGGAUCCAACAAGGAGAAACGCCAGGGUUGGAUGAUUAAUCCUCAAAACAGUGGGGCACUACAUCAGAAGGAGCCUUUCAAAUCUUCAGGCAGCAGACAUCCAUGAGCCCGGGCCCAGGAAAAUUAGAAUGUUUCCAUUCCUGAAAUACUGUACACAUUUUUAUGCAAGAGUGGAGAACAGUUUAUUCUUGACACUUUUGUGUGUAUAACCCUUGGAAUAGAUUCCCAAACGGAUUCAUUGUGUACAAGGAUGUAUGAAAUUAGGGCAAUACAGUUAAUUUUCACGUUACUCUUUUAUCAGUUUGCAAACUCCUAGCGUCUACAUGCAAGAUCAGUGGAGUCUUAUGAUGGAUUUUUAA